AUGGUGUAUGGCCAGGUUCUUCGCCUUCCUGGAGAGUUUCUGACACCAAACCUCCCAACUGGUCAUACACAUCCAUCAACAUUUGUGACCAACCUUCGAAGCUAUUUCAAUGCUCUUAGACCAGUGAAGGGUACACGUCAUGGGGAGCGAACGCCGUUUGUCUUCAAGGACCUUGCCACAUGUCAGCACGUCUUUGUCCGGACUGACACUUCAAAAGGUGCACUGGAACCACCAUACUCUGGGCCACACUUGGUCAUCAGCCGAACUGACAAAACUGCAGUAGUGAAAAUUCAGGGUUCUGACAUUACCAUCUCAAUGGAUCGCCUCAAGCCAGCCUUCAUCAUGGCAGAUGAUGAUCAGCCAAUCAGCAUCAGCCAAACGAUUCCCCCUGCAACAGCCAGCCCUCUACCUGAUGCCAUCCAGGAUCCACUGCCAGAUUCUGACACUCCAGCAGUAACUACCAGAAGUGGUCGUCGGGUGCACUUCCCAGAUCGCUUGCAAGCUGGUGUUUCGUGA